CUUUAAACCACAGCCAUCGAUCGACUGACAUCCCACCACGCUGACGAGGAUUCGCGCUUGGGAAAGGUGCAACAAUGGGCUCAACGUAUGAGUCGCGUCUGGCGACCUUCGAGCCUCCUUCGAAACGCUCAAAACUAGGAUGGCCUCACAAAACACCCACCCCCGAAGAAUUGGCCAGAGCAGGCUUCUAUUACAAGCCUUCAAAAGAAAGCAACGAUAACACCGAAUGCUACCUAUGCCAGAGAUCUCUUAAUGGAUGGGAGCCAGAUGAUGACCCAGUGCAAGAGCACUUGAAACAUGCAAGCGACUGUGGGUGGGUGAUCCUGAUGGAUGCGGUGCAAAAUGGUAGUAUAGACGUCGAUGCGAUGGAAGAUCCGACAGGACAACAUUUCGCGCAGGCGCGUACAGACACAUUCUCAAUCGGAUGGCCUCAUGAAGGGAAACGAGGCUGGACGUGUAAAAUCAGAAACAUGGUGGAAGCAGGCUGGUAUUAUGCACCAACACCAGACUCCGAAGAUUAUGUGAGCUGUGCCCAUUGCAAGCUGUCACUCGACGGCUGGGAACCAAAGGACAACCCCUUCGACGAGCACUAUCGCAGGUCUCCUGCAUGUCCAUUCUUCCACUUCGCUGGUACCACUGCACCAUCAAAGAGACCCAAGGCGAAGAAAGGCCGUGCAUCGAGAGCGUCCAACACAUCCAGGGCUUCAUCACGGUUAUCCACACAGUCACAAAAUGCGACCAUGCUCUCAGAAGCAACCAGCAUCACAGAUAUUCCCGACCUAGAUGAGUCGAUAGAUACAAGCACAACGUCUGUCAUGUCAACAAUGUCAGCAGCAUCUACCACAAAAGGAAAGCGAAAAGGUGCUGGAGGAAAAGCCAAAACUACCAAAUCGAAACGAGCCAAAACCACGAAGUCAACCAGAUCAAAGAAAGGAGACGCCGAAGCUGAGCCCGAAGCUACGCCCGAGGAGACGAUAGAGGCCGAUGCCGAAGAAACACCAACGCAGCAGACAGUGGCUGCACCUAUACCCUCAUCAAUACCGCAAGCCCUGCCUAGUCCGGCACCUAGUCCGCCAGCCGACAUCACAUACCCGCCCAUUGCCAACAGUCCCAGCAUAAUGAAGGAGAUCCUCCGACUAAGUCCUCUGGGAGCACCACCACACCCAUCACCUACACCUAUGAAGACACGCGCGCCGCCUUCCUCCACGCGAUCAAAAGCCACCUCCAGACCAGCGACCACCCCCAGAACAGCCACCAGAUCUCAUCCAGCCGCCGAGUCCCCUGUUCCAACAAGUCCUUCACCUCCAUCAGACAUUGAAAACGCUCCUCCAAGCAGCCGGCCGGGGUCUGCCCGCGCGCCAAUGUCAACUCAAAAAGUUCCACUUGCGGCAUCAUCACCAGGCGAGCCUAUGCCCACUUGGGAAUCUGCGGACAUUGAGCUUCUUUUCCAACCUACGACGCCUCAGCCCGCUGAUCUCCUCGGCCUUACGGGUGGGACGUUGUCAAACGAGGAGAAAGCUAUGCCGGUACAGGACUGGAUUGGGUAUGUUGCAGGACAAGCCGAAGCCAGUCUACGAGCGGAAGCGGAGCGCGUUGUCGGCAUCUUCGAGCGAGAAGGCCAGAGGGCAAUGGGCGUGCUGGCCCAAAUGCCUUGUGUAUAGGAAACAGUGUUCACUUUCAUGGUCAUACAAUGUUGAGGGGUUAUAGCGCUGUACGACUUGAACUUCUGAUUGGAUCAUAAGCGAGUAUGGCGUUGUUGGGGUUCUGCAGUUCAUCACGGACAGUACUAGCUUUGCAUCUAGGCGUGGAAGGUAGA